AUGAUGCCAAAAGAGCGUAAAGUCAUUGUCAAAAAGAAGAAGCCAGCCAGCAACGUUCAGCUAGAGCGUGUGAUUGGUAUAACCUCUAAAGGCAAUAACUCAAUAGCUGUUAAUCCUCAAACCGGAGAAAUCGCAUAUAUAGCUUCAGGUGUUGUCGUCUUUUUUAAUGUUCAAGCCAACAAGCAGACAAGCCACAUCUUUAACCAAAAUUCCCGUGUUUUUUCAUGCUUUACUUCCCCUUUAAAUUGAGCUCAAAUAGGGAGUUAAUGCUUUUAUAAAGAAAAAAUUAUAUGAAUUAUUCUCAUUAAAUACAUUUUAUAAACAUUAUAAAAAAUUAACUCAUAAAAUUUAUCGAUUAUGGGUUUAAUUUUUAUUUAUUCCUCACCCCUUCCGUGAGUGAACAAAAAAAUUUAUUCUAAAUUUUAUAGUAAACUUUUAUUUUCGAAAUUAAAAAGUCAAUUCACAAAAAUUGAGAAGUAAAAAUUAAUUAAUUUGUAAAAUUUAUUUUUAAAAUGCAAGCUGAUUAAAAUCAACAGAAUUAGGUAGAGAUCUCAUCAUUAUAAUAAUUUUUACUUAUAUAUCUGAAUAUUUUUUUAGCAAAAAAUUAUUUAACAAAAAAAUUUUCACGUGGGUUUUUGCCUAAAAAUAUAAUGGCUUGUUUGCUAACGGAGGGGGGAGUUAGCAUUUUAGUUGCAUUCUCUAUUUAAAAACACUUUAUACAUAAAAUUUUGACUAGUGAAAUUGAAUUGGUUAUCAAACUAUAUUAAAGAAAAUUAUUUUUUUCUAGUAGUAAAGUUAGCUUUUGGCUCCAACGGCCGUUAUCUCGCUAUUGGCGAAGGGUGUACAGAUCCAAUGAUCACGUACUUUUAAUAGUGUUGGAUUUCAGAAGAAAAUUGUCGAAAAUUUUUAAAUAGUAUUUGGCUGAAAUUUAACAGUUUUUUUCAGCCGAAUGUCUGCCCCACUAUAAAAAUGUUUCGAAUAAAUAUUCUCUUAGGAAAUGCCGCACUAUCAAAAAUGUACAAUCAUUUGAAAUAGAGCCGGCGAAGGAAUCUGUAAGCAGCCAGAAAUAACCAUAUGGGAAUUUUCUGCUCAGAAACAAUACACCCCAAUAAAGACUCUCAAAGGCCAUAAAUACGGAAUCGAAUUAGUAGCUUUUUCCCCAGACGGCAGCUCUUUAGUUUCAGUCGGAAGUGAGCAUGAUGCCGGAAUUUUUGUGUGGGACUGAAGACAAGAAUAUAAAUUGACCUCUAACAAAAUCUCCAAAAGAAUCCUCUCAGUCGCCUUUGCCCCAUCAGGAGAGUUUUUUGUGACUGGAGGCGUCAAAAGUAUACUGUUUUUCUUGGGUGCAAGUCAAAUGACUUUGCCUUUUUGAUAGCGCCCAUUUCACGAAAAAUUUUUGAUCGAAAAUUUUGAUAUGAGACAUUUGACCGAAAAAAACCGUUGAUUUUUCUGCCAAAUGUCGCACUAUCAAAAAUUUUCGAUGAAAUAUACACUGUCAAAAAUCCACGGUCAUUUGACAUGGAGCCGUUUUUCUUAUAUUUCCUAUCUAAAUAUUUUUAAUUUAAUCUAUAGUUAAAUUAUUAAAAAAAUAAUAUAUAAACUUUGGGGUUUUGACAGAAGUGGAAAACCAAUUCCAACACCCGCUAGUGAAAGCGCAGAAAUAAAAUGCAUGACGAGUAGGAACUUUGACCUGGCUGAAAUGAAAGAGAAGUCCUUUGCAAGCGUAGCUGUAAGUGGAGCAAAUAUUUUCGCAUUGACUUUAGAUGGGAUUUUAUGUGUCUUUACUAUGGAUAGGGUUAUGGACAAAUGGAUAAAUUUGCAUACAGGAGGUGGUUAUGCGCUUCAUACAGCUGGUAAUUUGUUAGCUUGUGGGUGUGCUGAAGGUAUUAUAAGGUGUUUUGAUGCAAGCUCUUUGGAGCAUAUUAUUACUUUACCAAGACCUCCACCACUUGGACAAGCUAAUAUAUCUCCUGGUAGGAAAAAACAGGUAAUUUCGACUGAUGCAAAUUCUCGUUUUGCUGAUACUAUUGCAUUACUUUUAUUUGACAAUAAUUCGAGUUUAUAUUCUUUAUACUCAGAUCGUACAGUUUUUGUAUGGAAUAUUUCAAAAUUAGAUAGUGUUUCUGUAACUAGGUCGUUUUUGCAUCAUUCUGGGAGUAUUAAUGAUAUACAAAUUAUGCCUUCUUCUACGUUUGAACUAACGCAGUUUAUAACGGGGUCAUCUGAUAAGACUAUACGUUUUUGGCAUUUAUGCCAUGUAGAUCCUCGAAAGCUGGAAGGGUCUAUUAUAAAAAACGUUUACAGCAAAGAUUUGAGCCGAAUUAUAUAUGUGUCAAAAAAUAUAAACCAUUUUAAAGUGGCACCCCAGCAGCAAGAUGAUGAAGGAUCCAUAAAAUGCAUCAAAUGCUCUCCAGACAUGAAAGCACUAGCAGCAGGCGAUACAGUUGGAAUGCUAAGGAUUUAUGACAUUAAUAACUUAAGUGAACUUUUAUGCAUGCAAGCUCAUGAUAGCGACAUCAUGGCAAUCGACUAUAGCGGCUUUGAACCAUUUGAAGGCAAAAAUGACACAAAAGGAAAAAAUUUAUUAGCAACUGGAAGCAGAGACCGAUUAAUUCACUUAUUCAAUAUUGAUGAAGACUAUAAACCUAUCACUACAAUUGACGACCAUAGUUCGUCAAUUUCUGACUUAUGCUUAAUAAGAACUGAUGGCAGUGAUAAAUUAGUUUCUUGUGGGGCAGAUAAAGCCCUGAUUUUCAGGUCUGUUCAAGCAGCAAAUAUAAGUCGAGACUACCAAAACCUCCAGAAGCAAAAAAAAUUUUACUCGAUAAAGCCACACCCUAUACAUAAAACUGUCGUAACAGGUGAAGACAAAGCAAUAAAAAUAUGAAGCUUAGACAAUGGAAAAGUCCUCAAAGAAUUCGAAGAUUACUUAGAAAAAGGGGUUAAAGCUCCAGCAGACAGUAAUAUAAAGCUUGCUAUGGAUAAGUCAGGGAUGAUAAUUGCCGCUUGCAAUCAAGAUAAAUAUAUUCGGCUGAUUGAUUAUUAUUCAGGAAGGUUACUCGGAAAAAUGAACGUAGGAGAGGUGCCGACAGCUGCAGCAUUUACUCCUAAUGGAAGAAAAGUAUUAGUCACCACUUCAGAUGGCUGCAUUUUUAUAUGAAAAUUGUCGACUGAGCUCGCAAAUUCUAUUAGAGCAAGGCUGUCAAGUGCAAAUUUCCCUAUGAUUAAAAACCCUGAAAUUGUAUACGAAAGCGGCCUUAUAGAAAGCGAACUUAAAAAUGAGCCAGAAGAAGCCAAAGAAGUCAUUAAGCCAAGAGAAGAGCCAAAAGCAUUAAAAAUCCACGAAAGUUUAAUGCCAGACUGGGCCAAAUCUAAUGUCCCAAAGCAGUCAGAAGUCAGAAACAAGUCUCCAUUUGACCUCGCAAAAGACUCAGAAAAACCAAUUCCAGGGGCAUGGGGCAAAACUCCUGUCAAAUUUGGGCUUGAAGAAGUUGCCCCUCUCCGAGAAGACCCUAUAAUAAAAGAUCCAAAAUUAAUAAAAUUCCAGUUCCAAGAAGUAGAUUCCGAAGACGAAGGGAAAAAAGAAGACAAAAAAGAAGAAGAGCUUGAAGUCGUAGUAACCACAGUUGAAGAAGCAAAAGAAGAAUUUACAGUCACAAAAUCUGUAGUUUUGCCUGGAGGAUUUAAAGAAAAUAUAGAAGAAAUUAAAGAAGAAUCUGAAGUUUAUUAUGACGCUGAAGAAAUGCUGCAGCCUCCUGAAGAAAUCCCUGAUUUUGAGCCUGAAAGCAAAGCACCUGGCAAUCCAUUGAGAAAAAGCUUAAGCUCGUCAUUUUGGCAGCAGAAACAAGAAAAAGUGGUGGAGCAGCCUUUAUAUUUCCAGUAUGAGCCUGUUGAAACUGAGCCAUGGCAUGUGCCAAAAAUUGGGGUUUUAAAUAAAGAAAAGCAAGAAGAUUUAAAGCCAAAAAUUGAUGAUGUCAAAAAAAGACUACAAGAUAUGGGAAUAUUAGGAGAAGGAAAAUGAAACAGAAAGAAAAAAUCAAUUGACGCUAAACCUGAAGAUGCUGAACAAAUUCCUGAAGAAAUCCAACAAGAACCUGAAAAAAUCAUAGAAAAUCCUAUAGAAAAGCCAGAAGAAAUCCCUAUUGAAAUUGAAGAGAAAAAAUCUAAAAAAGAAAGAUCACAUAGAGGAAAGCACAAGAAAAAAAGAGAGAAAAAGAAUGAAUUGGUAGAAAGCUCAUUGUUAGAAAGCUCAGCCCAAAACCACUUUAAUUCUCCAUAUGUCCAAGAAGCCCAAAACCAAGAAUCAAUUAUCGCUUCUUCAUGUGAUUUCCAGUUAUCACAAUGCUCAAUGAGCGAAACAUCAUUCAAAUUGAGCAAGCAGCAUUAUAUCCAAGGGUUUAAAGAUUUGAAAAGUAGCUUGCAAGAUGUGAAAACGUUUUUUGAGCAGACAAAUCCAGCAGAUCCUGAGUAUUCAAUGUCACUAGAAGAGUCCUCACAAGAUAUUAUUGAAAUUCAAGACCUUUUGAGGACAAUUUCAGCACAACUUGGCGGGAGCCUCCAGGCAAGCCAAGAAAAUAAUAUGUUGGAGAGAUACUCUGAGAAGCUUUUAACAAUAAUUGAGCAGAAAAUCAAGAGAAGAGUCCCAGAAUAUUAA